AUGGAUUCGGUACUGACAACGCUGGAUCCUGGAAUGAAAGACUUCCUGGAAGGCACAGAUCACCUUCAUGCUCUGAUUUUAUGCGGUAACAGCCGCCAAAUUGCUGACGCAAUUAGGCAUGGCUUGUGUUUUGCAUUCAGCGAAGUAACGUUCGAUGAAACACCCGCAGAAGCACAUUUUAAUCCUCAUAUUCAGAUUAUUGGACACGAUUCGGCCUGGAAAAAUGCGAAAAAUCGUUUGCUGAAUUUAAAAGAUGGAAGUGCUGUGAACCAAGACGCGGCGUUAGUCGUUGUUCAGCCGUUUCUCUAUCGAAUCAGUGAAUGUUGGUUUGACACUGCUCUUUUAUUAGCACAGGUAGGAAGCAUUGAAGUUGCCGUUUUUACACAGUCAACACAGGUUGAUAGCGAUGUGAUCGCCGUACUUCAGAAACAUACGCCAAAGGAUUAUCCAACUGAAGAAUUCACCACAACAGUUGGAUAUGCAUAUGCUGAAUUGUACGGCGUUGAUCCGGACGACUGGCAGCGAGGCCUUCUUUCGUUUUCUUCUUCCGAACUUUACCGCGCAGCAGCUGUUGCACUAGCUACCAAUCUCAAACGGAUAUUGUUAAGGAAAACUUCCAAACAGCAUUAA